CGAUUAAAAGCAACUAGGGCCAACACACUCCGACGACACCACCCACGCCAGCUGUUCCAAUGGCGAUUGACGGGUAGUGUUCAUUGUAGCACAGCCUCCAACAUCACCUCCACCACGCCAUAAUGUCAUUUGUGGACCUGCUCUUGCACAAGUAUGCUUCCCAGCUCUCGGGAGCCGUAACCCACCAGCUCACUCAACAACUAUGUUCGGGAACACUUCCUGACCAUGUGCUUUUCACCUACUUGACCCAAGACCUUAUGUUCUUCAAUUCCGGGUUGCAGGUGUUUGGAAAGGCGUUGGCCCAGUGUGACGACGCCAGGGCCGCUAUUGUGUUGGGGAAACAGAUCGGGUUCAUUUGCAACGACGAGAACGACUACUUCAAAAUCGUGUUGGACCAGUUGCGGGACAGCGUAAGCGCUAAGGUGGCUGACAUGACCUCUUCCAAGCCUCCCGUGUUGCCUGCGGUCGCUCAAUACAUCGACUUUAUGGCUACACUCAACACUUAUCCGGAGGUAAUCACCUUUAUGUAUGCCAUGGAAAAGGUGUACCUUGACUGGGCGGAAGAAACCGAGCUUGCAGCUGAUUUGCCGUACAAGCACAAGGAGUGGAUAGUGUUGCACAGUGGCGAAGCAUUCACUGCAUGGACUGCCUUUUUGAAGUCGGAGGUUGAGCGGGUGGUGGAUGAUUCGACUGCAAAAGAUUGCGAGCGGGUAUUUCACCAGACUUUGGAGUUGGAAAUCGCCUUCUUCCAAGAGUGCUAUCGGUACGAGUAGGUAGGAAGUGAGAAGGGAUUUAGUUAGUUGGAUCCGUAUAAAAGUUGAAUAAACCAAAUAGAAUGGAGUAAAGGGUAUGAACUUGUAUUAAGUUGAAUCCAGAGGUCAAGCUAGAAGGAAGAAAUAGAAGCACGGAAGGAGUGGUAGGUGAGAAGUAAUAGUUUAAAAAGGGAAAAAGGUUAUAUUUAAGGAGGUAAAUUAGUCAAUGUGAUAGCAUCAAUGUUAUGUUUCCUCUAGAACCAACUUGAUAUGGAGGUCAUUGUUUCGCAUUAGAGAAGAGUAAAAUACUAAAAGCAUUAGCUCUAAUAUAUGUUCUCUGUUCCUAGUAAUGCUAUAUUGAGUGAAUAUUCGGUUUCAAUACGUCAACAACUCAGAUUCUAAUAAAUAUUCAUUAUUAGGAGUUCAAUAGCCUAGUUACUGGCGAUAAUAUUCAUCUCUAGCCCCCCAGGUUUUAGUAUAGUAGAU